AUGUCUCAGUUCCGCGCCGCAAAGCUCGACAUUGGCUGUUUUGCCAAGAUCCGUAACAUUCGCGACCACACAAAGCGAAAGGUGUUUGCUGAGAACGAGCCUGAACGACAAGCUCUUCGAUAUAUUAUCCGCAACACCACAUUGCCACAGCGAGUGCGCGCACAGGCUCAGCUCCAGCUCUCGCAGAUGCACUGCUACACACGGUUCACACAGAUCAAGAACCGAUGUAUCAUGGGUGGGAAGGGAAGGGGUGUCUUCAGCGACUUCAGGCUUGGACGUUACCAGUUUCGUAUCAACGCGCUGGCUGGAAACCUCCCAGGUGUAAAGAAGGCAAGCUGGUAG